AUGCCUCUCUACGAAGUCGCCCACGCAACUCCCCUCUCCCAACCACAGCAAGAUGCUCUCGCAGAAGCCAUCACGACAAUACACAGCAGCAAGUUCACCGUACCAAAGAUGUUCAUCAACGUCAUCUUCGUAGACUCCUCAAAAACACCCACUUACGUCGGGGGAAAACGACGCCAAUCGAACCGCAUCGUCGGACGAGUCCGCCGCGGCUCCUCUCGGACGCAAGAAGACUUCAACUCUCUCUGCAGGGAAAUCCGUGCCGCCUGGGCCCGCGUCGUCCAUCCAGAUGUCGCUGGAGGGCAGUUACCGCCUCAGGAGCUGGAGCUGAGGGCCGUGUUCAUCACCGGCGAGCUGAUCGCGGGCAUGAAGGCGAGCUUUUCGGUACCGUUGGCCGGGGAUGAGCUUGCGUGGGCGCAGGAGAAUUAUAGUGACUUCAAGGAGAGGGCGGAUGCGGGAGAUGAGGACUUUGUGGAUUUGAUUGCGGAGCUGCAGACUUGGCCUGGGUUCAAGAUUGAAGGAAAUGCGUGA